GGAAAAACAGAGAAUGUGAGAAGAAGGUUCAGCGGCCACAAAUACCGGAGAGUGGAGGGGAGCUAAAGCUUUAUCGAAGCUGAAGAUGAUGCUUAAGUUUCCAAUGUUAUGGCUUCUCGUCUUCUCUUUGUCUCCGUUUUCGUCGUCGGCUCGACCUGCACCAUAUGCCCUGCGCAUAAGCUGUGGAGCCCGUGACAAUGUCCAUACUCCACCAACCUAUACACUUUGGUUUAGGGAUUUUGGUUAUACAGGGGGAAUUCCAUAUAAUGCAUCACGCCCUAGUGAUAUCACUCCCCCACUUAAAACACUUCGUUAUUUCCCUCUUUCUGAAGGUCCAGAAAAUUGCUACAAAUUUCAAAGUGUGCCUAGGGGGCACUAUUCUGUGAGGAUCUUCUUUGGAUUAGUUCCAGAUUCUGAUUUUGACAACGAGCCUCUAUUUGACAUUUCUAUUGAAGGCACCUUGAUUUAUUCCAUGAAAUCAGGUUGGACUAAGCAAGAAGACCAAGCAUUUACCGAAGCACUUGUGUUUCUUUCGGAUGGCACUGCUUCUAUAUGCUUCCAUAGCACUGGUCAUGGAGAUCCUGCAAUACUUUCUAUUGAAAUUCUCCAGGUUGACAAUAAGGCAUACUAUUUUGUUCAAGGGUGGAGUGAAGGUUUAAUCCUUAGAACAGCUGCAAGGCUGACUUUUGGUACUAGUAAGGCACGGUUUGAUGAAGAUUAUAGUGGGGAUCACUGGGGUGGGGAUAGAUAUUGGAGUCCCAUCCGAAAUAAUGCUGAUCAUACUUUAGCAACAGAUCAUAGAAUCAAGCAAGCUUCAGAUGCACCAAACUUCUAUCCAGAAGCUCUGUAUCAAACAGCAGUUGUUAGCUCUGAUAGUCAGCCUGGCUUAACUUAUACAAUGGAUGUGGAUCCCAAUAGAAAGUAUUCAAUAUGGUUACAUUUUGCGGAGAUUGAUGAUAGAGUCACUGGUAUUGGGCAAAGGGUAUUUGAUAUCUCAAUAAAUGGGCAUCCUGAAUUUCAAGACAUAGAUGUUGUGAAAAUGAGUGGUGACCGCUAUACUGCACUCGUACUUAACACAACUGUUGCUGUUAAUGGGAGGACUUUGAGUAUAAACCUACAACCGAAAAAUGGUGGCAGUGCAAUAAUCAACACCAUUGAGGUCUUUGAGAUUAUAGCUUCCGAAUUCAAAACUUUACCUGAAGAAGUAAGUGCUUUACAGGCACUGAAGAGUGCCUUGGGGCUUCCUCACCGUUUUGGUUGGAAUGGUGAUCCAUGUGUUCCCCAAGAACACCCCUGGAGUGGAGCUGAUUGUCAUUUGAACACAACCACCAACAAGUGGUUCAUUGAUGGCCUUGGUCUUGACAAUCAAGGUCUUAGGGGUUUCUUGCCGACAGACAUAUCCAAUCUGCAUCAUCUGCAGAGCAUAAAUUUGAGUGGAAACAACAUUCACGGGGCCAUACCAUCAUCACUUGGAACACUUACUAGCUUGGAAUUGCUCACUAUAGAUGAUAAUGCUGGUUUAUGUGGUAUACCUGGACUACGCCCAUGUGGACCCCAUCUAUCUGCCAGCGCAAAGAUUGGCAUAGGAUUUGCUGUGUCUCUAUGUUUUCUACUCCUUGUUAUCUGUUCAAUGUGUUGGUGGAAAAGGCGGCAGAAUAUUCUUCGAGCACAAAUGAUUGCAGCAAGAGGUGCUCCCUAUGCAAAAGCAAGGACCCAUUUAUCUCAUGAUAUUCAGUUGUCAAAGCAUCAAAAUCAUGGCCAUUCUCGAACUGCUGUUGAAAAUGGACCUAGCUUGCUCUCAUGAUUAACAGCCGUCAAACAAAAUCCUGAUGUAUUCCAUCUCUGCUCCUCUCUCGGCUGUUUCUUUAGCUCAUAAUGUUCUGCUUAAUUGUCUUCAUCGCAAAAUCUUGCCAGGGGAAGCUGAAAUAAUCCAAUAGAAUAACUUCUACUGGAUCAGAUCCCUAACGGGUAACACAGAGCCACAAACUUCUUCAGAGUAAAUUAUCUUGUACAUUACUUUCAUUCUUCUUUUUCAUCAGUUUUGGCAGAAGAAAUGUUGUAAAAUAUCAAAUAACAGGUGGAUAUGGAAGUCAAUAGAUAUGAACAUGUUUUUCUCGUGUCUUUCCAUGGGAACAUGUGGAUAGGUUCAUCUAAACUGGAAACAAGAGGCAGGUAUUUCUCAAAAGUGUAAGCUUGAUCUCGUCGUGGUUCUCAUAUUUGUUUCUACUGUUAAAGCAUCUAGGAAUAAAAAGCAGCUUAGUGUCUGAUUUUCUCCUGUGAUUUUCUCAUAC